AUGAACGAAGCGAUUGUCAUUCGCCAAAACCUCGAGGACGGCGCUUGUGACUUGAAUUUGCCGUUCUUCGGUGCACCACCAGAAAGCGAUAGGUCGCCUACGCUAGAAUUCCCUUGGACUCAUCCGGCAGAAGAUGUGCGAUACAGUCGCCGACGAAACUUGCGAAAACCCACAAGAGAGAUAUGGGUCACAUCAACAAACGUUAGGCCAUAUGGUUCGACGAAUGAUGAAUUUAAUAGCGAAUUUGAACUAGAUAGUGACCCUGCGGAGCCUGCAUUAUCCACACAAGGACGAACUAUUGGGCAAUUGGUCUACGAAAUAAACCAGUUAAACACAGCAGAUUUCAUUUCGGCCCAGCAAGAUUUCAGUGCUGAAAAUUUCCUUAAUGGCAACGAAACUUGUAACGCAACAUCAAGUAAGCCAAGUCUAGCUUCAACUAGGCUGGGGAGACGCCCGACAUCGACAUCUACAUCAGCAUCUUCAACCACCCCAAUGGACGCGAUCGGGGUGCCAGAUAUCAAGCAACGCCGAGAAAGAAAUCGCGUUGCCGCCCGGAAAUGCCGGCAAAAAGCCAAGCAGAAUAUUGUUGGACUACAACGACGUGAGAGAGAUUUAAGCCAGCAGAACACGGUGCUGCUCAGCCACGUCGGUAACUUGCGCGAGGAGAUUUUGGAUUUGAAGAACGAGAUCCUGAGACACUCCGAAUGUAACAGCAGUGUAAUACAAAACUACAUUGCAAAUGCGGCCCGCCGCCAAAUGGGAUGA